AUGACAAAUCCAGAAAAAGUUAAAAAUGAAAAUAAUAAGCAAAGACACAUGACACUAGGUCCAAAUCUCAAAAACAGGGAGAAUAAGAGCUUAGGCCACAACAUUAGUCAAGAAAGCAUGGAAAUACAAAAUAACCAUAUGCAAGAAGUCUUAACGGAUACAACAAACCUAAAUAUAGACUGGGUAGAAGACUCAGAGGCUGCAUACAUAAAAGAGGGAACACCUAUUCAAAGAAAUAAAACACAGUAUGAAGCUCUAGUUUCAAACGAUAGAUCAGAAAAUUCUAUAGCAAAAGACAACCCAUAUAGAGAGCCAAAUGUGGUAGAAGAAGAUCAAAUCAAAAAUAAAGAAAUUGAGAAGAAAACAACAGAACAGACACUAUCAAAAUCAGUGGAAUCAAUCGAGAAAAUUUCAGAUAAAAAUCAUACACAGAAUAAACAAAGUCAAGCAGCAAUACAGGAGUUAACUGAAACUCUACCAGAUAGCACAAUAGUCGAUCAGGAAAUAAGUAAUCUACCAGAAGAAGAGUUUAUACUAGUAACUCGCAAAAAAAGAGGUGCAAAAUCAGCACUGGCAGCAGAAAUCCGGAGUGACAAACAUACUCUAUAUAAAAAAGAAAUAAAUACUGGAGGUCGUUAUACCUCAAAGCAUAGUGGCAAAGUUAUAGCUAACCUCACAAUUCUCUCUCAUGAGCAAAAGUAA